AUGAACAACAUACCGUUGCAAUAUGAAAGUUUAAAAGCAGUUCUCCAAUAUAUCGAUGCCAAUGUUAGAUUCAAAAUAUCCCAAAGACUUCCAUCAAUCCGCAUAACGGAAAAGAUCGUACCACUCAGAGUUCACAGUCUACAUCUUGACAAAUACUCCACCACCGUCAAUGGUACCGUAUAUCGUUUGGGUAUCUAUAGGGAAUACAAUUUGGGUGAAACAGUUCCGAAGUCAGUUCAGAACUAUAACGAUUACGGCGGAUAUAAUUUUGACCUGGAUGAGUACGGUUUUACAAUCACAUCCACGCAAUUCGAGUUGGCACCGGCAGAUAUUUUAAUUGGGGAACCAAAUAAUUUAGUUCCAGCUCGGUCUGAUACAAUUCAUCAAGAACGAGAUCGUCAGCGAGAAUUGAGACUUGCUGAAAAGGCUUUGCUUGUUCGGACAACUCAUGAAAAGGUGGAACUGUCAAUUUUCGAGCAGGCCGAUUUCUAUAUGAAAUAUUACAUGAAAAUUCCCAUUGAAACAUUAAAAUAUGAUGUCGAAAAUGCUCGCUUUGCACUUUUAUCAUUUGAAUGUCGCCGUUUCAAUCUAAAACUACCGUACACCUGUUAUCUUCAACUGACCGCCCAAAACGGAGAAGAAAAGAGGAUUCAACGUUUUCCGUACAGUAUGAAACUAUACGAAGCAACGAAACAUUUGAACGACGUUUUGUUUAAAGGAAGACGGUGGCCAAUCCUCGUCGAGAAGUUUCAGUUUCCUAUUCAAAUCGAGACGCGGGACGAAGAUGAUUUUCAGUUCUCGUUAAUCAGAAAUGCGAAGAAAUUAAUUAUCUGCAGUCCUAGCCCAGAAAUCGAUAUCCUACCAAGUCUCAAAGCUCUUCUCAACAAGGAAGUGGUUUUGUUUUACACAGGAAGUGAGAUCACUGCUGAAGAAUAUUUCGGUUUUGUUCAAGAAUGGCUGAUUGGUGAUAAGCCCAUAGGAACAAGUUUUUCAUUUGGGAUCGAAAAAGAAGAACCAGCGAAAGAGCUUCUCCAAAUUAUCGAAAGUCGAGUAGAGAAUGUAAAGAUAACUGAAAGAUUUGUCUCAAUUUGCAUAAAUAAUGAUUCGAGACUAGAAGUGCUCUAUAUUCCAAUCAAAGAUUCUCGAAACGCGAAAGAGGAAGGAUUGAUGUACAAUCGAAAAUGGUUUCUCGAGAUUCGGAUCGUCCAACAUUAG